GUUAAAAACUACAAACUCAUUUAUGCUAUAAGCAUGGUCUAGUAUUCUAAUAUCAUAUAGUUAAUUAAUAAAUCAAAUAUAUAGACACUCCAUUUUAGUUAGUAUCACACUGUAAACUAUUUAGUAUGUCUAGAAUUUUGUUGCGCGUAUAACCGCGUUGUUUACCUUUUUCUGAAUAUUUCAUUCAUUUACUUUAGAUCUAUCAGUUAGUAUCUUAAACGAUGAACAUAUAAGAGAUCCCAUAUUCGAUGUAUAAUUCAAGACCUAAUGCUCCAUUCAAAGCACCUCGUUUAAUAAGGAGUGAUAAUAGUUCCUCACCAGCUGCUGAACCUGUUCGAUCAUCACCCCGUCCUGUUCCUAUUCAACAACUGCAACCUGAAGUACCACAACAAUUGAAGAGGAAAACUCUUAGUAAUUCUUUAAAGGUCAAUGAAGUGAAGAAGUUAAAGCUUAGCUCGAGUCCUGUACCGCAUUCUUCUCAACUGUCAAAUGAGAAUUAUGCACUGAAAGAUCGAUAUACUGUCCAAUGGAGGAAAAGAACUAAUAAGAAGAAUAAGACUUGGGAUGGUGAUGGUUACAUAGUAGUUCAUCAACAUGAGACUUCUGACAACUCCUACAUUAUCAAUUUCAAGAACUUGGAAACCAACCAAUCAAUAAAAAAGUCGUUCAAUAACAUUAAUGAUAUCGAUGAGUUCUUAAGCUCAGUUAUCGUAAUUGGUCAAAUAGAGCUUGAAGUUGAUUAUAAAAUAAAGUCUGAUGCUGAAUUCAAAAAGAUCAUAGGAGAAGAAAUUGAUAACGAAACACAUUCACAAUCUCCAGUUACUAUGGCUCCUGUUGUACAAUCCCAGUUUAAAGCUGUGAAGCCAUUAAUAGAGACAUCUAAAUCGGAUACUACUGAAAAAGAAAAUGAAAGCAUACAAGACCUUAGGAAACCCUUAUACGACAAUCCUAAAGCAAUUGCUUUACCUCCACCACCCAGCUUAGCUUCUUCUGAAAUCGUCGAAGUUUUAAUAGAUCCCCAUUUAGCAUCCAAAUUAAGACCGCAUCAAGUAGAAGCAGUAACCUUCUUGUAUGAAUGUUUAAUGGGGUUUAGAGAUUAUAAAGGAACAGGGAGUCUAUUGGCUGAUGAGAUGGGGCUAGGAAAGACUUUAACUACUAUUGCAUUAAUUUGGACCUUGUAUAAACAGAGUCCCUUUAAACGCCAGCCAAAGCCAAUAAUUAAUAAGAUUUUGAUUUGUUGUCCGGCGACCUUAAUUAACAAUUGGAGAAACGAGUUUAAAAAAUGGUUGGGGUUAAACAAAAUCGGAAUUCUUGACUUUAAUUCAUUAAAUGUAAAUAAUGAAAAAGAAAAACAGAACAUUAUAAGUUUUGGUAAGUUCAAUAUUUAUCAAGUUUUGAUUAUAAAUUAUGAGAAGGUAUCGAGUCACAUAAAGGAGUUAUCGACAGUACAUUUUGACUUGUUGGUUUGUGAUGAAGGACAUAAAUUAAAGAACAAUACCGGAAAGAUCUUAAAGAAUUUGAAAACGUUGAAUGUUACGAAGAAGAUUUUAUUAACUGGUACUCCGAUUCAGAACAAUCUAACUGAGUUUUUCACAAUUAUUGAUUUUAUAAAUCCUGGUAUAUUAGGAGAAUUUAAAAGUUUCCAAAGAAAUUACUUACUUCCAAUUCAGAAAUCCAGAGAAAUUAAUUGUUUAGAUCCAAAGAUUAAAAAGAAAGGUGAAGAAUUAUCAAAUGAAUUAAUAGAUCUUACUAAGAAGUUCACCCUUCGUCGGAAUCAAUCACUAUUGAAUAAUUACUUGACUAUAAAGACUGAUAUUAUAUUGUAUGUUAAGCCAACACCACUGCAAGUUAAGAUCUUUAAAACUAUCUUGAAUUUAAAGAAUUUUAAUCAAUUGUUGUUCCUGUCUGAAAAUUCUAAUAAUUCAUUAGCCUUGAUUAACACCUUUAGAAAGAUUUGUAACUCGCCACUAUUGUUAAAGAACGAUGACUUGUUCAAUAAGUUGAAAGCAGAGAAUGAAGAGUUGAGUAGAAUCAAAAUUGACAAACUUUCGGGUAAAAUCAACAUUUUAAUUCCAUUGUUGCUUGAAAUUAUCAAAGCAGAUGAAAAGAUUGUUCUAAUCUCAAACUUCACCAAAACACUUGAUUUAUUAGAAAACGAAAUCUUAAAGGCAUUGAACAUAAACUUCUUAAGAUUGGAUGGUUCGACUCCAAAGCAAGCAAGAAAUAAGUUAAUCAAUGACUUCAAUCGAUCUGCCAAUAUUAAGGUAUUUUUAUUGUCUUCAAAAUCUGGAGGAAUGGGGAUUAACUUAGUUGGUGCUUCAAGAUUGAUCUUAUUCGAUAAUGAUUGGAACCCCUCUAUUGAUUUACAAUCAAUGGCAAGAAUUCAUAGAGAUGGUCAAAUGAAACCAUGUUUUAUAUACAGAAUCUUGACUACUGGUUGUAUCGAUGAAAAGAUCUUCCAACGUCAAAUUAUGAAAAACAACUUAAGUUCAAAGUUUAUGGAUGAUGAUGUGAAGUCAGUUAACGAUGUUUUUGAUUCUGAAGAUCUUCGAAAUUUAUUCGAGGUAGAUUAUUCAACAACUUCAAAUACCCAUGAUUUAAUUGAAUGUGAUUGUACAGGUGAUGGAUCAUACCAACAUGAAAGUGACGAAUCAGAAGUGGUGGAGGAAUCAACUGAAGGUGAUGAUGAUGAAGCAAGCGAUGCCGUAAGACAAGGCUCAUGGGUGUCAGCUUUAGAAUUACAUCAAAAAUUAGGUGAUAAUAUCGAUGUUGCAAAAAAGAGAAUUAUAAGAAAUAGCUUAAAUCAAUAUAGACAUAUUGAUCCUCAUCAAAAGCUUAUCGAAAUGAAUGAUAAAGUGUUGAUGUCAAUCCUCAAAAAGAUAGAUGGAUAUGAACCAGGUGGUAAUCAAUAUCCAUUAUCAUACAUAAUGUCUAAAGUAUCAGAAUCUGCUGAAGAUUUAAACACGGAUGAAUAAGGCGCUACCAUUAAUAUAUAUUUA